AUGCCUUCUGUGACGUGCCGCCACGGACUAACGAGGAACAAGCGGACAACGUUGACUGACCGAGUCGUGUGGCGGGGGUACUCACCGAGGAUGUACAUCAUGCACGAAGCGGCACACGCAGAACUGCCAGAAGUUGGUGACGAAGUAGCCGAUCAUGUUGGUGCCGACGAGCGCCGGUACGCGACCGUAGCGGUCCGCGAUCCACCCGAACACCAGCCCGCCGACCAUGGAGCCGCAGAAGAAGAGCGCCUGCGCCACCGUCGGCAGCACGUUGUCCUCGCACACCCACUCGUACUGCGCACACACCGCCCGACACGCUCAGAGGGGCGCGCACACGCGCACACCAGCGCGGGCGCUGCCCUUGUCUGGACGGGGUUGGACUGGACGGGGCUGGAUGGGGCUAGACUGGACGCCGUUAGACUGGACGGAACGGGAAUGAACGAGGUUGCUCUGAAUUGA